UUUAAGUUGGCCAAUUUUUAAAAAUGUAAGUUGGGAUUAAAAAGAAAACUUUAUACAUUACUACCAUAAAUGAAAAACACUGUUAAAACAAAAGCUAAGCUUAAAAAUACAGGCAACAGGAACUCAAUUUAUUCAGUAAAUUACUGUCAGGCUGUUCUAGAUUCUGGGACUAAAGGGGCGACAAAGACGAGAUGGAGAUAAAUUAAUGUCAGGCAGAAAUUGAUACUAGGGAGAAAACAGAAAGUGACUUAGGAGGGUUACUUUGGAUGGGGUGGUCUGGGAGGGCCCGCUAGGAGAUAUCAUUUGAGCAGAGAUCUGAAGGAAGUGGUAGACCAAAAGGAAGACGAGGUCAUUACAUCUCAACCAGAUAUUGUUGCCUGCAGAAAGAAGACUGUGAGCCAGAUUCAGGGAGACGAGCAAGGGUUAGGGAGACGUGCUCACACCCAACUGAGACUUUCUGCAAGACAGGAGGACAGAGAGAAGGCAGUCAUUCUGUCGAGGUGGUGCCAGUUGUUUAAUUCAGUCUGGAAGACUAAAUCAAGUCGGGUACUCCUAGCGGAAAGCAUCCCACAACAGGAAACACUGCAACCUUUGAGAGGGAGGCAGGCUGUUACCGCCCCGAUUGACAAAUUAGUAAACUAAAGCCAAGAAAAGUUAAAUCGCUGGGAACUGGGACCGGAGCGCUGCCUUAACCUCGUCCAGCCCGGUGUAGUGCAGGGGUGGGUCCAAGGAUGGGCCGGCAGGUAGAUGCUGGCUUCGGCAGCACUAUGAAGACUCCCAAUCCGCCCAUCUGCAUUCCACGCCUCUCGUUAGCCCCUUCCCAGGAGAGGCUCAAAACCCGGAGCGACGGAAUCUGCGGAGUGGGACACAAAGCACAACCGCCAGAGCCGAGCAUGCGCAGUAGCCCGGCCCAGCCCGGCCGCUCUCGCCGCUGGGGGAGGGUCAUCCGAGCCUGACGUCCGCGACGCCGUCGUCAGCGCCCCGGGAAGAGGAGGGCGAAGACUCCAUCCGCCAUGUUGGAUGCCGCAGAUUCGCCAUAACCGCGCCGGCUCUUUUCUUAAAAAAAUAAAAAUAAAAAGCGAAGCAUCAGCGGAGCGCCCCGCCUUCUCGGUCGGCGCGGGAGGGGGCCCGGAAGAGCCCGAGGCUUUUUUUUCCUCCGCGGUGGGGGCGUUGCCAUGGAGACGCGGGCGGCAGAAAACCCAGCCAUCUUCAUGUGUAAAUGUUGUAACCUUUUCUCACCAAGUCAAUCGGAACUCCUCUCCCACGUUUCUGAGAAGCACGCAGAAGAGGGGGUUAAUGUGGAUGAGAUCAUCAUUCCCCUGAGGCCUCUGAGUACCCCUGAACCCACCAACCCAGGCAAAACCGGAGAUGAGUUUUCGGUCAUGAAGAGGAAGAGAGGCAGGCCAAAGGGGUCCACGAAGAAGGCCAGCCCCGAAGAGGAACUGGCGGAAAACAACGUUAUUCCCAGCGGGGACAGCCCGCGGGCCCCGGAGGGAGGGGGCAGCUUGGCUCCCAGCAGCCUGGAGUGCAGCAAGUGCUGCCGGAAGUUCUCCAACCCACGCCAGCUGAGGAAGCAUAUCUGCAUCAUCGUGCUGAACCUGGGCGAGGAGGAGGGAGAGGCAGGUAACGAAUCUGACCUUGAACUGGAGAAGAAGUAUAAGGAAGAUGAUCGAGAAAAGGCCCCGAAGAGACUACGGACUCAGAGAGUGGAGAAAGUCCAGAAGGUCUGCUCGGGAAAAGAGGCCGCGCAGAUCUCCGGAGCCAAGAAGCCCAUCAUAAGUGUGGUUUUAACGGCUCACGAAGUGAUUCCAGGUGCUACCAAGAUUGUUCCGGUGGAGGCUGGGCCCCCGGAAACAGGAGCUGCAGACCCCGAGGCCGCGGCGGCCGACCUGGCGCCCCGGAGAGGGUACCAGGAGUACGCCAUCCAGCAGACACCCUAUGAGCAGCCCAUGAAGUCGAGCAGGCUCGGGCCCACCCAGCUCAAGAUCUUCACCUGUGAGUACUGCAACAAGGUCUUCAAGUUCAAGCACUCGCUGCAGGCCCACCUGCGGAUCCACACCAACGAGAAGCCGUACAAGUGCUCCCAGUGCAGCUACGCCAGCGCCAUCAAGGCCAACCUCAACGUGCACCUGCGCAAGCACACGGGCGAGAAGUUCGCCUGCGACUGCUGUUCCUUCACCUGCCUGAGCAAGGGCCACCUCAAGGUGCAUGUGGAGCGCGUACACAAGAAGAUCAAGCAGCACUGCCGCUUCUGCAAGAAGAAGUACUCCGACGUGAAGAACCUCAUCAAGCACAUCCGCGACGCACACGACCCGCAGGACCACAAGGUCCAGGAGGCCCUGGACGAGCUCUGCCUGAUGACGAGGGAGGGCAAGCGGCAGCUGCUCUACGACUGCCACAUCUGCGAGCGCAAGUUCAAGAACGAGCUGGACCGCGACCGCCACAUGCUGGUCCACGGCGACAAGUGGCCCUUCGCCUGCGAGCUCUGCGGCCAUGGGGCCACCAAGUACCAGGCGCUGGAGCUGCACGUCAGGAAGCACCCGUUCGUGUACGUCUGCGCCCUCUGCCUCAAGAAGUUCGUCAGCUCCAUCCGCCUGCGCGCCCACAUCAAGGAGGCGCACGGGGCCGCCCAGGAGACCCUGGUCUUCACCAGCUCCAUCAACCAGAGCUUCUGCCUCCUGGGGCCCGGCGGGGACAUCCAGCAGGAGGCCCUGGGCGGGCAGCUGCAGCUGGCGGAAGAGGAGUUUGUGUUCCAGGGGGUGAACGCACCCAAGGAGGCGGCCGGCGCUGGGGACGCUCGUCCCGAGGAGGGGUCCGAUGUGCCCGCCGCGCCCGUGCGCUCGGCCGCCGCCCAGGCCGACAGCGCCGCCCCAGCACCCUGCGAGCCGGCGGCCUCCGCGGUGUCCUCGGACCUUAGUCCGCGCGCGGCGGUUUCCGAUGAGCUCCUGUUGAAGAGCGAUCCCUCCUCUGCCGAGGCUCUGGCUGCUCCGGAGAAGACCUUGCACACCCAGCAGGGAGGCCCCACGCCAGCUCAGGGCCAGGACGUCGCACCACUGCUGUCCAAGGCCAAAGGCGCCGCAGCAAACCCGGAAGCCCAGGGCGCCGAGAGCGCCCCGGCUGAAGGGCAGCAAGUGGCUGCCCUCCCAUCCGACGGCCCAGAUGCCGGCAGGGGUCUCAGGGCAAACCCAGCCGAGGCCUCAGACCCUCCUCCGGGAGCUGGUGGGAGGGACGCGGCCCUGUGCCAGCCUGACUCUCGCAUGCCCGCCCCCGAGCACCGCACGGGCAUCACUGCGUUCAUGAAGAUCCUGGACAGUUUACAGAAGAGGCGCAUGAAUACCGGCCUGUGCGAGAGGAUCCGGAAGGUGUACGGCGACCUGGAGUGCGAAUACUGUGGCAAACUUUUUUGGUACCAAGUGCAUUUUGACAUGCAUGUCCGCACCCACACCCGGGAACAUCUGUAUUAUUGCUCCCAGUGUCAUUAUUCUUCCAUCACCAAAAACUGCCUUAAACGCCAUGUAAUUCAGAAACACAGUAACAUCUUGCUGAAGUGUCCCACUGACGGCUGUGACUACUCGACUCCAGAUAAAUAUAAGCUGCAGGCACAUCUUAAAGUUCACACAGAGCUGGACAAAAGGAGUUAUUCUUGUCCUGUGUGUGAAAAGUCUUUUUCAGAAGAUCGAUUGAUAAAGUCACAUAUCAAGACCAACCAUCCCGAGGUUUCCAUGAGCACCAUUUCCGAGGUUCUCGGGAGGAGGGUGCAGCUGAAAGGGCUCAUCGGAAAGAGAGCCAUGAAAUGCCCGUAUUGUGAUUUCUAUUUCAUGAAGAAUGGCUCAGACCUUCAGCGUCAUAUUUGGGCUCAUGAAGGUGUGAAGCCCUUCAAAUGUUCUUUGUGUGAGUAUGCAACUCGUAGCAAGAGUAACCUCAAGGCUCAUAUGAAUCGUCAUAGCACUGAGAAGACCCACCUAUGUGACAUGUGUGGCAAGAAAUUCAAAUCAAAAGGGACACUGAAAAGCCACAAGCUCCUUCACACUGCUGACGGGAAGCAGUUCAAGUGCACGGUGUGCGACUACACAGCAGCCCAGAAGCCACAGCUGCUGCGGCACAUGGAGCAACACGCCUCCUUCAAGCCUUUCCGCUGCGCUCACUGCCACUACUCGUGCAACAUCUCGGGCUCCCUGAAGCGGCACUACAACAGGAAACACCCCAACGAGGAGUACACCAACGUGGGCACCGGGGAGCUGGCGGCCGACGCGCUCAUCCAGCAAGGUUGUUUGAAGUGUCCUGUGUGCAGCUUCGUUUAUGGCACCAAAUGGGAGUUCAACAGGCACUUGAAGAACAAGCACGGCCUGAAGUUGGUGGAGAACGAAGGAGAUCCCAAGUGGGAGCCAGCAACAGAAACUCCGGAGGAGCCCUCCACCCAGUACCUGCACAUCACCGAAGCUGAAGAGGAUGUCCAGGGCACGCAGGCAGCAGUGGCUGCCCUCCAGGACCUGAGAUACACCUCAGAGAGCGGUGACCGACUUGACCCCACGGCUGUAAACAUCCUCCAGCAGAUCAUCGAGCUGGGCACCGAGACCCACGACGCCACUGCCGUUGCCUCGGUGGUCGCCAUGGCGCCCGGGACGGUGACAGUCGUGAAGCAGGUCACGGACGAGGAGCCCAGUUCCAACCGCACGGUCAUGAUCCAGGAGACCCUCCAGCAGGCCGCCGUGGAGCUGGCCGAGCAGCAUCACUUGGUGGUGUCCUCCGACGACGUGGAGGGCAUUGAGACGGUGACGGUCUACACGCAGGGCGGGGAGGCCUCCGAGUUCAUCGUCUACGUGCAGGAGGCCAUGCAGCCCGUGGAGGAGCAGGCCGUGGGGCAGCCGGCCCCGGAGCUCUAGGGGGCACGCAGCGUGGGACAGCACCACGGGGCAGGGCUGCCGGCCUCUACGGAGCCGCCGGGACACGCAGGGCGGGGCGGCCCCAGGGCAGUGCUCUCCGCAGCGCCCUCCUCUGCGCUGUCCGCCCCGGCGGCCGCGUGGGGCUCUCCUGGCCCCGCUUUGGGUGGGCGAGGGGUCAGCGUCACCAGCGACACAGGGUGCUGCCCCCGGCACAGGCACACACACCUUCCCCCGCGUCGUCUGCUUCCAGGAGGACCUGUGCCUCAACUCCCCAGACACGGCCCAUACCGCAUAGCCCCUUUGCUUCAAGCGUCGAACAGAGACCCCCAGUCCUCAUCAGCGUCUUCCCUGAAUCACAGCCCAAAUCCUUGACCCCCGUCUAGGUGCCGGCUCUUUACCUGGGACUGCUCUGCAGCCUGGUAACCAGGAGACAGCUGUCAGAGAAAGUGACCUUAACGGUUUUUGAAUCACCUGUGAGAGAAGAGCGGGGAGGGCUUAUCUACACAGUUCUACCCUCCUCAAGCAUCAAGGGCGCUUAUUAUCAUGUGAAGUAACUAUGGUUUGAUGGCCCUCCCGCUCCCAUCACAGGUGGUGGUCUCAGCUUACUAUCUUGGAAUUCUUUUGCUUUUAAAAUAAAUGCACUUUCUCCUAUUCACCUCCUACUCUGAGGAGGUGGGGUGGAUAGAAUAAAAGCAUUCUCUGCCUGA